GGCGCGGACGGUGGUGCCGGGCCCGCUCCGUGGAGCGGGGCGGGAGGUCGGGGCCGCCCGGUGAGGCGGAGGCGGUGGAGGUGUGGGCCGUGAGGUGCUACUUGAUCUUUUAAAUCCAUCUUUGACGGCAGACGCAACCUCAACCAAAAGGCCAUAUCUCUGGCAGUGGAACAACCCUUCAGUACUGCACUGGAGCAUUGGUCUAGAUUUCUGUGCUCGAACGUUUGAAGUGGGACUUGAACCCGCAAGCUUCUGAUACCAAAUGAGGACAUUCCAGAAAGGAAUCUAGAACUGCUCAAGAGUUUUAAAGCAAACUAACUUUACCAAAGAAAACAUCUUCUCGUAUGAUUGAGAAAUCAGAGGCUGAAUCUAUGUUGUCUGAUGAACUAGAACCCAAACCUGAGUUGCUGGUGCAGUUUGUCCAGAAUACAUUUAUACCCUUAGGCGAAGGGUUUGAAGAGCCAGAGCAGGGUGCAGUCCAAUGUCUACCUCCAACGAAAGCCAAUAAGAGUGCAUUACACAACCAAAUCUUGCCCUCUGGGGACCCCUCUGCUUCUGAUCCUGCAGUGCCGAGCCAAGUUGGGGUGCCUGAAGCCAGAAGUAGGUCGGAUUCUGGCGAAAAUGCAGAUGGGAGCGCCCCGUGGUACCUCCGCGUUCAGGAGCUGGCGCACGACAGCCUCGUAGCUGCGACCAGGGCACAACUGGCCAAGCAUUCAAAAGGAGAGCCCGAGGACAGCUGCAGUGCAGCCGACUGUACAGAAGGCGAGCCGCCCGACGUGAAACAAGGGACUCCGCAGGGUGAGAAAACCCUCAAGUGCUCCUACGAGGGCUGCAGCAGGACCUUCCUCUGGCAUGCCCAUCUGAAAUAUCACCUGAAAACGCACAAGAACGACCGCUCGUUCACCUGCCCAAAGGAGGGAUGUGGGAAGAGUUUCUAUGUACUCCAGAGACUAAAGGUGCACAUGAGGACUCAUAACGGAGAGAAGCCCUACACUUGCCCUGAGGAUGACUGUGGGAAGAAGUUUACGACAGCCGGCAACUUGAAGAACCACAUGCGAAUUCACACUGGGGAGAAGCCAUUUGUCUGUGGAGCAAGAAGCUGUGGACGGUGUUUUACAGAGUACUCCAGUCUACGUAAACACAUGGUUGUGCACUUCAGGUAUGGUGAGAAGCCUUUCCAGUGUACCAUCUGCUGGAAGACGUUCUCCCAGAGCGGCAGCAGAAAUGUCCACAUGCGGAAAUACCAUGAUAUCCGUCUAGUCUUCAGUGAACAAGAAGAGGCUGCAGCCAGUGGCCUGCCUGAUGAUGGUGUGGAAAGUGUGCCAGAGAUACCUGCAGGACUUUCAGUAACCACAGCUUCUGUGCUGUCACCAUCAGCCCUGGAAGCACAGCCUUUGGUCUUACCGCACAGUAUACUCGGAGCAGAGGAGGAAGUGCUGCCUGAGAGUUCACCACUAGUUCUGGCACAACAACUACGGCAUCCAUUGUGGUUUCUGCCCCAGCCACACCAUCUUGGUUGCCAUAGCCACUGCAGGACAUUCUUAUGAAGAAGUCGUCACCGUGUUAAUACAGUGAAUGGCUGCAAG